AUGUCUUCAAAUAUUCCUACACGCCGUUUAACACGCACAACCCGGACAGCCGGGGUGAAGGAGAACGAGAAUGCCAAUGCCCGCCCGUCACGUAUUUCGACGCGCAACAAGGCCGUUUCGCUCGUGUCGGGCACCUCAACCUCAGGAGCCCUCACAGGCGGUGUCACCCGCGCCACCGCAGCAUCUAGAGCCAAGGCAGCUGCCACCGCUGACCCCAAGGCUGACCUUCAUGCAGGGAAACGGAAACGCGAAGCAUUAGGCGAGGUCGCUGUUGCAGGCAAUAAACAAGCGGGCGCUGGGCUGAAGGGCAAGGAGAAGGAAACUUUCGAUGGUGUUAUCAUCAAGUCCAAGGGCGUCACGACACGUCAAACCCUGCGUACAGUGGCCACAACCCGUCAAACCACGACUGUGGCUGUCAAGAAAGAGGUCAAGCAGGUGUCCGAGGUCAUCGUCGUUGCCGAUGAGCACGCGAUGGUGGUGGAUCCUCCCCAUCAAGUGCCACUGCCAAGCAUCGCAGCUCGCAGGUCGAACCUUGUCAAGGAUUCAAUCCCGGUUGCUCCUCGCCGCCUUGAAACCCGCAGACAUGGUUCUUCGCGAUCUUUACGUGUCAAUGUCGAGGAGGAGUUCGAGGAGGAGCCCGUUCAUAAGAAACGAAGGACAUCAUCAAUACCUCCAGAGGAAGACCCCCGGGCUCUCGAGGCUGCCCGUCUUCAAGCCGAGGAAGAUGCCCACAAUGCACGCAUCGCGGCGGAGAUGGAGGCUUUUGCAGACGAGCCCGAAGCUGAUCCAGAGAGUUCGCCCUGGGACGACCUCGAUGCCGACGAUAAUGACGACCCUCUAAUGGUCAGCGAGUAUGUCCAGGACAUCUUCAACUACCUGAAGCAAGUCGAGUUGACCACGAUGCCCAAUCCGAACUACAUGGAAAGUCAAAAGGAACUCGCGUGGAAAAUGCGAGGUAUCCUGACCGACUGGCUUAUCCAAGUGCACGUUCGAUUCCGCCUCCUGCCCGAAACACUCUUCCUUUGCGUCAACAUCAUCGAUCGUUUCCUCUCAGCACGUGUAGUUUCGCUGGCGAAACUGCAACUCGUGGGCGUGACAUGCAUGUUCAUCGCUGCGAAAUUCGAGGAGGUCGUGUCGCCGUCCGUGUCACACUUCCUGAUGUGUGCCGACUCGUCGUACACUGAGUCAGAGAUCCUCCAGGCGGAGCGGUACGUCUUGAAGACGCUCGACUGGAAUCUCAGCUACCCCAACCCUGUGCAUUACCUUCGACGAGUCUCCAAGGCCGAUGAUUAUAACGUCAAGGUCAGGACGCUAGGAAAAUAUCUCUUGGAAAUUGGCGUACUUGAAUGGCGGUUGAUUGCGGCUCCUCCUUCCCUCAUGGCUGCGGCAUCUAUCUGGCUCGCUCGUGUGGCCCUUGGUAUGGAGCAAUGGACGCCCAACCUGGCCCACUUUUCCUCCUACAAAGAAAGCGCGUUGAUCCCAACGGCGAACCUGAUGUUAAAUUAUAUCCUCAAACCCAUAAGGCACGAAUCUUUUCACAAAAAGUACGCUGGCAAGCGGUACUACAAGUCGAGCGUGUUCAUGAGGGACUGGGCCCUGUCACGGUGGGCAGAAGGCACACAGGUCGACCUGUCCAAGGAGCUUCUGAGACUGAAAGCAGAGAUCAAAAUUGAGCGCGAGAUGGUGGAGGCUGCCCUGGAAGAGGGCAACCACGAAGAUGGACUGGAGGAGCACCCUACCAUACAGGAUCUGCGCGCUUGUUAG